UGAUUCAGGAACAGCUUCUUCCCCUCCACUGUCAGAUUUCUGAAAGAUUGCAAUAGCAGACACUUCAGAAGACUCCCGCCAAACAUCUGGUGAUUUGUCCCGCCCACCGAGAACCCACCAAUCAGAGGAAGAGGACUGGCAGAUGGCCACAGGGCCAUCCAAUCAGGAUGCGCGGGGGCCGGAUGGCGCCAAAACCUGAAGUGAACUUCGCGGUAAUCGCAGUCGGCGUGUGUUUCGGUCUGUGCAGCGGGAGUCGGUGGUACCUGUGGGGGAGACGUCGCCUAUAGUUAUCUGGCACCGGGUCAGACCAAGGCGAGGAGCUCAGGACCGAGUGAAGACAGUCUGGGCAGAGGAAGCACUGAGGGCUUUUCCGAGUCGAUCAGCAGCCGGUUGUAGCGAGCAAUUGCCGCCAACAUGCCCACCACCAAAGCCCGCAUUCAAACCACCAUCAGUUUCCCCAGAAAGAAGUCGCAUCGCAGCUGCAAAGCGACUCCAGACAUCAGCAAGGAUCCACCGCCACCCAGAGAGCUGCCUCUCAGUCCCCGCAAGCGCCUCGGUGGUGAAAACCUGUGUAACAUUCCUCAGUAUCUGCAAUGCUCCCCCUCCAAACAGAAGAAGGAAAAUCAGCCUGUUACUCCUUCAACACCUAGGGGUCGAAAGUUGGAGUUUGGUAACAGUCCACUAAAACACUCGCCAGGAAAGCUUGAGGUAUUCACUGAGAAAUCACCAGAGCGAACGCCAUGUCGUCUCCACAAGGGGGACGAGACCCCUUGUUCAACAGCAAGCUCCUGGCAAAUGAUGAAAAGUCCUCCGGUAGAACUUUUUAAAAAGAAAGAUCUGUAUUACCAACAGACCAAGCAGGUAUUAAACACUGCCAUUCCUGAGCGUAUUCUGGCACGUGAAGAUGAGACCAAAGCCAUUACCCAGUUCCUGCUGAAUCAUGUUUGUGAAGAGAAGCCGGGCAGUCUGUAUAUUUCUGGAGCACCUGGAACAGGAAAGACGGCUUGUCUGAACCGAACUCUUGCAGAUUUGCAGGAGAAACUUGGUGCCUCUACAUCAAUUUUCAUUAACUGCAUGUCACUGAAGAACUCGCAAACCAUUUUUUGUACCAUCGCAGACAAGCUAUUUGGAAAAGGCAAGCUCAAAUGUGCAGGAAAAGAUUUUCCAAAGAGGCUGACAAGAAAGUUAACUUGCAAGGGUCCGAUGGUUGUUUUGGUGUUGGAUGAGAUGGACCAGCUGGAUAGCAAGGCUCAGGAUGUCCUCUACACAAUAUUUGAGUGGCCACAUUUAAUCAACUCUCGGCUGGUUCUAAUCGGAAUUGCAAAUGCCCUGGAUCUAACUGAUCGAAUCCUGCCUCGACUGCAAGCUCGUCCCAUGUGCAAACCUCAGCUCCUGAACUUUGCUCCAUACACGAGGGACCAGAUUGUGGCCAUUGUACAAGACCGACUGAAUCAGGUACCUGGCGAGAGGGUCUUGGAUGCUGCUGCCAUUCAGUUCUGUGCACGUAAAGUUUCAUCUGUAUCCGGUGAUGCUCGAAAAGCCUUGGAUGUAUGCAGGCGAGCAGUGGAAAUUGUGGAAUCAGAUGUUCGAAGCCAGGCGGUGGUGGAAUCUAAAUCUCCAGUCAAAACUCAUAAUCCAGGACUGAAAAAGGUGGGGUUGCCACACAUUUCCCAGGUCAUCUCUGAAGUAUACGGUGAUCGGAUGACACCCAGCUCUGGAUCGGAGUGUUUUCCUCUCCAGCAGAAACUUCUGGUCUGUUCACUGCUUCUCCUAAUCAGGCAGUCCAAAGUGAAAGAAGUUGCACUUGGAAAGCUCCAUGACACGUACAGCAAAGUUUGUAGAAACCAGAAGGUGACUGGAGUUGACCAAUCAGAAUGCUUGUCGCUCUGCAGUCUCCUGGAGUCGAGGGGAAUCGUGUGGCUCAAGCAAUCGAAGGAAGCACGACUCUCGAAAGUUGGCCUGAAGAUUGAAGAGGAGGAUGUAGAACAUGCUCUUAAUGACAAAGCCCUGACAGGAAGCAUUUUACAAAGAGGACUGGAGUAUUUUAAAACUGCUUGUUUUAAUAAUUCCCAUCACCUUGGUGCUGUCAGUAAAGUAAAAUAGAAGUGUCACUGAAACAUCCUUUCAGAAAUGCAUUGUUGCGUCUAUUCCAUAAUUUGUCAUUCCUCAGAUGAACCUUGGCUAUGACGCUUGCUUUUAGUGCUGAGUCUUGUUUUAUACACACAUGGAUGCUGCAUAUUUCAAGUACGUCGGGAGUGAUGAAUUCCUGUGCCCUUCAGGUGUGAAUGGCACAGUUGAUAAAAGCAUUGGCCAGCUUAAUGAGCUGCCAGAAAGCAGCAGUGUGGAAGAAAGAGACCAGCUGGAAUGUUUACCUUAACAAAGGCUGGGGCUUUUUAAAUUGCUACUUGCAGCAGCACAGUUCUGGAGACUGCUGGUGAAGGAGGUGUAUAUUAACUAUGACAGUGGCCUCAUGUUGAUAUCCUUUAUAUUUUAAAAGGUUGUAUGAGAUGGGUUUCUUGUGUAAUGCUUAAUAACAUUCCUUUGGGAGGUACUCGGCAUGUUUUUAAAGAUAUUUAUAAUAGUGAUUUCACUUUUAAGUAGCCUCUUCAAAACAAAAAAACUUGUUUUACAUUGCAAGCUCGUGAAUUUUUAACUGAAUUAAGACUCUACUAUCUAGUUCUAUUUUUAAGAUCCAAAGGGUAUGAUCCUCUGAUUUUCCCUUUUGUUUUGAGGCACAGCGAGAGAAUGGUAAAUGUUUCAGCUGCAUAGCUUUAACCUUUGUUUCAGUUUCAAGCAAGAUUAAAGUAUCAGCAUGAAGGUAAGGCCUGAUGACCUGAAAAUUGAAUUUUGAGAUCACAUACAAUAGUUCCAUACAUUGGUGAAAAAUUGGAAAAAUGUUUAACAUAUGGGAAUAUUUAUUUUUGUCUACUGAUUUAAAUUUGUUCCCUUGUAUUGCUGAAACUUGUAAAAUAAAGAAAGUUAAAUGUC